AUGCCGGAUCCCUAUCAGUGCUUCUUUUUUAUCAACCACCACCACCACCACUCCGCUUGGACCCCUCUCCGUCGUGCGUCCCACGGGCACACCAAACGCCGCGCUGAACUCAAGGCAUGUGCAUGCAGUAGAGCCCCGCACCAGCCACGUGCACCGCACUCCGCCCCCGAGCUCUCAGCUCGCUGUUGGCCGCCACCGUGGCUUGCGAGGAGAACGGUGCAGCGGGCCGGAUCCAACUCGCGUCUUGCUUCUGCUGGAGAUGCACGGGACCGCUGUCUCCUCCGCCGCUUGCGACGCGCCAGCGCGGCCCGCUCCGCGCCACACCGCCAACUUGAGAUGCACUCUCGGUCUUCGGGGUCAUUCUUCGCCAAAACACGGCCCCUCACCGGCGCUGAAUCGGCCAGCGCACUUGCUGUCUCGCGCGCGCGCUCUGACCUCCGAAGCUGGGCCACAAAUACACAAGGGCGCGCGGUUGCAGCCAGCCUGUGCUGCGAACUCGCUCAGCAAGCGGGCGUCGGGCUGCUCACGCGAGCCACUCAGCUCAUUCGCCCACGCCUCAAGGCUGGCGCCAAUGUCCUGCUUCUGGGCGGUCGUCCGCGUCAGAAGAGACGCGCGGGACCGGCGUCUUUCGGCGCUCUGCGCGAGAUCGGUCUUCCAACUCCCGAGAGAAACGGGCCGACGACUGGGCUUGCGCUGCCCGCUGUUGCGCCAGACUCGAAGCCGGCGGGCCGAGUUCUUGCGCGUCCGGCUUGGAGCCUCCAGGGCGGGAAGGGCGGAAUAUACCCUCGGUCUCCAGCGAGUUUCAAGCGGAACGACCGCGCGCUGGGGUCUGCGCGGCCUGGCCGGCCUUGUGUCGAGGCCCGGGCCGUUCGCGGCCGUCUCCCGUCCGUUCCCCACGAUAUCGCGCCUGCGAGUGGCGACUCUACGGGCGUACACUUCCACGGAGUUUCGGGCGAAACGACGCAGUCGUUGAAUUCGCCUCAAUUCAAAAUGCUAAUCGCGUGA